CUGUACUAGUGUGCAUUGCGGUAUAAGAUUAAGAGUAUGAUUUCCGUGAUAUAGAAUCUAGUGAUCAUACACUAUUACAGACUAGAUCUAUAAAUAUGUAUGCACUAGUCUAGCGCUGGAUCUACAUGUCUAUCACCUUAAAGGAUCUAAAAAAAGUUUAUGCUGCGACGUUUGCAGCUCGAAACAAAUGGCGAAACAUCUUACUAGAUCUGGAUGUUGAUAGUUCCACAAUUGAUAGCAUUAGUACUAAAUGUCGUGACAUUCCUGACGACUGCUAUCGUGAGGGACUGGCUUAUUGGCUGAGAGGUGAAGAGAGAAGUUGGAGUGAUGUGGUGGAGGCUCUGUCUAGUCCCACUGUGGGAUAUGAUGACAUAGCCAUGAUGAUUGAAAGAGAAUAUAAUAUUGACGUUGGAGGAUCCCCAGAACCCAAAAAGUUGAAAAUUGAGGGCCAUCAGCAGGUGAAUGCAGAUCAGCAGAAGAUUAAUAAAGAGUUGUUAAUAAACAUGAAAGAAAACAUCGGAAAUGGUGCAUUUGGUAUAGUCUUUAAAGGUCGAUACAAAAACCAGCCAUGUGCCAUUAAAGUGUUACACCAUGUCGCAAUUGAAAUGCAGACUGAUCUUCCAGCUGGACAAGGUAUGAAGAAAAUUAAUCAAGCCUUUCAGCGCGAGUGUGAACUUUUAGAAUCAUUUCGUCAUCCAAAUAUUGUGAGGCACUUAUCAACCACAAAGCAUCCCAAAUCCAACAACACUUUGUUGGUCACAGAGCUGCUGGACUGUAACUUGAGAUCCUAUAAUAUCUCUAAAGAAACUCAACUUAGUAGUCAUGGUGAAGUAAGCCUCUCCAAAGAUGUAGCCUCUGGUCUCGCUUACAUUCAUAGUAUGAAUAUCAUCCACCGUGACCUUUGUGGUGAUAACAUUUUACUGAAAGUUGGCCAACCAAUACCUGUAGCAAAGAUUUCUGACUUUGGAAUGGCCAGAUUUAUUGAUCCAUCCAGACUUAGUGCCACGUUAACAGCUAUCGGACAUCGUAUGGGGUACCUACCUCCUGAGGCUCUCCGAAUUCCCUAUGAGAGCUAUGAUCAUACUCUAGACGUUUUCUCUCUUGGGGUGAUCAUGGUUCAGAUAAUUCAUCGAUUAGACACAAUAAAAACAGCGGAAGAUCGAUCGUUGUUUGCUGGAAAGAUUCCUAAAUCACAUUUCCUUAAGGGUAUUGUUAUAAAGUGCUUACAGGAGGAUAAAGAUCGAAGACCAAGUUCCAAAAGUGUUGGAUUUGAAUUGGCCAAACAGAUGUCAAUGGCAGAUACUAUGAACUACACUCCCUUCGGAGAUAAAAAACUAAACGAAGCAAAAAUGGCACAUACACCACCUGAUAAUGUCAACCGUCAGAAUCCUCCCGCUAAGUUGCCUGUUGUCAAGGUUCUAAGAAGAGGAAAAGACAUGCCUAUUAAAUCGUGGAGCGAUGUUAGGAGUGUUACUAUUGGAGAAGUGGUGUAUGUUGGAGGAAGUACUGCUGGAGGAAGUCAGGAUGCUGGUUGUACAGUAAUUAAAUUUUACUUUCAGCAAAACUUGUGGACUGUACUCCCACAGUACAAGGUUGAUGAGUUUGCUAUGGUGUGCUUCCUUGAUCAGUUAGUUUUAAUUGGAGGAUUGGAUCCUACAAAAACUAUCAUCGUGGAUUAUAUAGCAAUGUUCGAUAAUACAGUCAACAAAUGGACAUUUCCGUACUCGCCACUAAACAUUGCUCGCUACGAUUCAACAGCUAUCUCCUCGAACCAAAGCAUUGUGGUCGCUGGAGGAUGGAUUAACUGUGAAAAGAAGCGAAUUAGGUCUACCUCUGUUGAAGUGUUUGAUCUUUCAACAAAUAUGUGGUUCAUAGCUGAUUCCCUACCUAUUGCCCGAUCAGCAGCCAAAUCUAGUAUGCUUGGAAAUACCCUCUAUCUCUUGGGUGGAUUUGACGACAUUAAAUCCUACAGAACUGUACAUAAAGUUGUAUUCAAGGAACUUUUCGACAAAGCUGUAAGGGAGAGAAAUAACCCUGGAUCACUUCAAACUACCCUUUGGCAAACCGUUGAACGAACUCCACUUGGUCGAUGUGCAGCGCUUAGCAUCGAGUGCUAUCUCUUGGCUAUUGGUGGGUAUAAUGAACAAUUCCGAGCCUCCUCGUCCAUACACCUAUUACAGCCAGAUACUAUGGAUUGGGUGAAGGUCGGAGAUCUACCAACUGCACAACACGGAUCUACGUGUUCAGCACUGUCCAAUGGAGAAUUUAUUGUAAUAGGUGGUUAUGGUGUUAGUCGAGUUGAUUUUAUGUCUAUUUUAUGAAGUACGUAUUAUGUACGUACAUACAGUAAACUCAGAUACGGAUUCAGAGUUAUACCAAAAUUAAUCCAUUUUUCUGUUGUUGGUUCAUCAAUUUUAUUGGCAUACGUAAUGCUGACAAUGUAAGUGCACUAUGUCUAUAUAGCUAAAUAAGUCUUGCUCUGCCAA